CUUCUCCUCCUUCCCCGUCUUCUUCUUCGUCCGUCCACCCUCUCCGCCCCCGUUCGUCGUCGUGGACAGAAGGAAGCAACCGACCAAAUCCAAUCCCAAUCCCAGAAGAAGGGAUGGUGGGCAAGGGAGAGGCCCCGGCUCCGCGUGAGCCCGAGGAGGAGGAGGAGGAGGACACCGGAGGCGUCGUCAAGCUCAUCAGCGCCGAGGGUUUCGAGUUCGUCAUCGACAAGAAGGCAGCCAUGGUCUCCAACACCCUGCGCAACAUGCUCACAUCGCCAGGCGGCUUCUCCGAGACGCGCCAGGGCGAGGUCCGCUUCCCGGAGAUCUCUACCCACAUACUCGAGAAGAUCUGCCAGUACUUCUACUGGUCGCUCCAUUAUUCCAGUGGGAAGGAGACGGCGGAGUUUCCAAUUGAGCCCGAGAUAACCCUGGACCUGAUGAUGGCAGCAAACUACCUGGACACUUGAGGUGUAGGAAGUUGAGGGACCAACUGCUGCUGCAACUUAGGUGCAUCAUGAAUGGAUGAAACAAAGUGAAUUAUCCCAACCUUAUCGUGUUUACGUCCAACAUCCACCAGAUGGGAUUUUUUUUUUCUUGUCUGACCCGGUGUUGUGUAACGAAGGAAUGUAAGCAUGGAAUGAGACGUAAAAUGUGUGCUAGUAGCUUUCUAAUAGCAGUGUGUAACAGCUC